CAGAGGAGCAGCUAAAGGAGCAGCAGAGUCCCUCCUGAGCUCAGUCUGAGGGAAACUGAGGAGCGCGCGCUGUGUUUGAAAUAGGUUAUAUAUUUUCUCUGUUCGUGUCUUUUAUUGACAUUCCACCUUGUGUUUCACGUUCACUCUAAGCAUCAGAUUCGGGAGUGGCUUUUGGUAACCUCUGGGUGCGCCCCGAGCGGCCACAGAGGCGCACAGAGCCACACAGAGCCACACAGGAGCGCACAGAGCCACACAGAGGCGCACAGAGCCAAAGGGAACCAAAGAGAGCGGCGCAGAGCCUGAACUCAAAGGAUUAGGGACACACAGAGCCACACAGAGCCGCACAGAGCCUUAAGUUACAGGAUCCGGGACACACAGAGCUGUUCAGAGCUGCGCAGAGCCUGAAUUCAAAGGAUCCGGGACACAGAGCCGCACAGAGCCGCACAGAGGCGCACAGGAGCCUGGGUGAACUCAGAGGAUCCGGGACAAUGGCUGUGUGACAACAGGAGCGACAAAGGCUGCACAGAAUCGUGUCUCUUCUCCUUUAUUUCGUUGAGGAGGAUGUCUAAGCGCGUCAGACCUGGAUACUGUCGGCAGGACGUGAACAAAACCACUUGGGACGUCCCGGAUCGGUACCGUGAGCUGCGGCAGGUGGGGACCGGGGCGUACGGGACAGUGUGCUCGGCGUUGGACUCCAGAACAGGAGCUAAAGUCGCCAUAAAGAAGCUGUACAGGCCUUUCCAGUCAGAACUAUUUGCCAAACGCGCCUAUAGAGAACUACGGCUCCUCAAACACAUGAAACACGAAAAUGUGAUCGGUCUCCUCGAUGUUUUCACCGCAGACUUGUCUCUGGACAGAUUCACUGAUUUUUACCUGGUGAUGCCGUUCAUGGGCACAGACCUCGGGAAAGUCAUGAAGUUACAGAGGCUUUCGGAAGAGAAGAUCCAGUAUUUAGUUUAUCAGAUGCUCAAAGGGCUGAAGUACAUUCAUUCUGCUGGGAUAAUACACAGGGAUCUUAAACCAGGAAAUCUCGCCAUUAACCAAGACUGUGAGCUCAAGAUCAUAGACUUCGGGUUGGCGCGGCAGGCGGACAGCGAGAUGACCGGGUACGUGGUCACGCGCUGGUACAGAGCCCCGGAGGUCAUUCUCAACUGGAUGCACUACACGCAGACGGUGGACAUUUGGUCUGUGGGCUGCAUCAUGGCCGAGAUGCUCCAGGGGAAACCGCUGUUUAAAGGCAGCGACCACCUGGACCAGCUGACAGAGAUCAUGAAGAUCAUCGGGACGCCGUCUCAAGAAUUUGUGUCAAAACUUGAAUCUGAAGAUGCCAAAACGUACAUCCAAGGCCUCGAUACAAUAGAGAAGAAAGACCUGACGAAGGUGUUUCCAGACUGUGAUCCACAAGCCGUGUGCGUGCUCGAGUGCAUGUUACUGUUGGACCCUGAGAGCAGAGUGACGGCGGCGGAGGCCUUGUCGCUGCCGUAUUUCUCCGUUUUUCGAGACCCGGACGAGGAAACCGAAGCCCUGCCCUACGACCACUCGCUGGACAACACCGAGCUCACUGUGGAGCAAUGGAAACGUCACACUUUUACCGAGAUCUUGACGUUCAAACCUGUCGUGAUGGAAUCGAAAGAAACUUCGCUUUGAAAAAUGAUAAAACGACUAAGGAUCAACUGUGGUACUAUGUUAAAAAAAACACUAAAAAAGAACUUUAAAUCCAGAAUGUUACCAAAACAAACGUAAGGAAGUGGAGGGAGGUGCAGUAUCUUACACAUGUGGCUGUGCAGAGAGAUUUGGGACUAAUUAAGCAAAAAAAACACACUUUUUACUGUUGUCAGGGGAGACGUUUUUAUCAGAGGGGGCCCGAUGUGAGGGUUCUCGCCCCGGGCCUCCAAAUUUCUGUUGACGGGCCUGGCUGUACGGCUGCCAACACUAAAAAGGGGCAUUAGCGUGAUAUUUUUGUACUUUUUGGGGUCUCAGUGUGUCUGUCCUGUGUUUAUAUGUGUGUUCCGUGUGUUUUAGAGACUUUACUCUUCUCCCAUUGCCUUAUUAAUAAUAUUUUUUCCAGCAAAGGCAGUUUUGAAUGUCGACAACCACUCAGGUUUUUUCUACGUUUAUAUUUCUACGUCCUUUAUACAUUUUUGGUAAAGUGUCGAAACGUUUUCAGCGAAUAAAACUUGACUCUUUUGGAUGUGUUUUUGCGUGUUGGAUGUUGUUUACUCUCCCAAACACCAGGGGGCAGCACAGAUUCAACUCUGUCUGUGGUUCCUCCUGGUUCAGACACUUCACACAAAAAUGCACAGAGGAAAAAUAGAUGGACUUCUAUGAAUUCCCGUGUUAUUAUUCCACAAUUUGUUAUUCUUAGUCCGAGGGAGUAACGUUAAAGAUGUGUGGAAUUUCCUGAUUUGACCACAUAAAACGUGCGCUUACAUA